AUGAGCGCACCUCGAACACCAACAAAAUCAGCUGGUUCAAAAGAAAGUGAAUCGAGAAAUUCUCGAGGUUCAAUUGGUCCAGCUGGUACACCACCAAUAGGUAGUGGUAAACGUCGUAGUACUGCUGGUUCUCAACUUGGUUCACCAGUUGCUCGAUCAGGUACUGCAAGUGUUGCUUCACCAUCAGGAACACGUGAUAAACUUAAUUCAGCUACUCUUAAACAAAAUGCAACUAGUCCAGUACCAGCAGUUAAAUCAGCAACAGAACGAGUAGAAAUUGCAGAAAAUGCUCAAUUUUUACCAUCUGGUAUUCAUACAAUUUUUAUAUCAUCAGCAACUCAACAAGCAAUGCAAUUAUGUGUUGAUGAAGAUUUAACACAAGAAAAUAAUGCAAAAAUGAUUGAUAAAGAAAUUCUUUUAAAUGAUAUACAAACUAAUGGACAAGGAUCAAAUUUUUAUGAAUUUCAACAACAAAUACAGAAUUAUCCUGAAAAUGAAAUAGCUAUUAUUUAUGAUUAUGAUUAUUUUUAUUCACAAAAUUUUCUUAUAUGUUUUGAUCCAAAAUUAAAGAAAUUUAUUGAAAAUCCACCUGUUACAUUACCAAUACAAGAAUCUGAUGAAGUUGAACAAUAUGUUCCACCUGUACCGAAAAAAUGGAUAUCACUUGGAAGUGAAGUUGAAAUUGACAAUGAACGUUUAAUACUUAAUCGAUCACUUAAAUCUUUUAAAAUUAAAGUUCCAACUCGUAUAUCAACAACAUUAACACCAAAUGAAAAAUUUAAAGAUGUAGAUCCUGAUAUUGAUCGUAAAAAAAAUUUUAUUAGCAUUGAACAAUAUGAUGAUAAACAAUUUGAUUUAAGAAAAAUGGAACUUGAUCUUGCUAUUCAGGCAGCACCUGAACAUCGUGAAAAUUUUUCACAAACAAUUUGGCGUUAUCCAAAAAAUCAAUGGACUCAAUAUGAAGCACGUUCAUUUACUGAAGAUGAAAAAGCUAAAUCUAUGACAGAUCCAGAAUUAAUAAAUAUGGUUGUAACUUCGAAAGAUUUAUUUAAAGAAGCACUUCAACAAAAUAUUAUUCAUGAUCCAUUUUAUAUUGAUUGGAAUGAACUUGGUGGUAAUCUUGAUGGUUUAGGUGGUCCAGGUGAUUCACAUCUUAAAGAAUAUCAAUCAUUUUCAUCUAUAAAACAAUCUCGAGAUAAAAUUGUUACUUGUGUUCAAUGGCAUCCAACGUUACGAGGUAUUAUUGCUGUAUCACUUGCUGCUGGACAAGGUUUUGAUGAACGAACAGAUAAUCUUAGUCGAAUAAAUACAUCACCACCAUUGAUUCUUAUUUGGUCAUUUGUUGAUCCAAUUCAACCAAAAUUAUAUUUAGAAGCACCAGAUGAUAUUCAAUGUUUUCAAUUUUCACCUACAGAUCCACAUAUUAUAGCUGGUGGUUGUGUUAAUGGACAAAUUGUAAUGUGGGAUAUAAAAGAAUAUGAAGAACGUAUUAGAAAUCCACGUGGUGAUCAUCGUGAUAAAGAUUUAUUUAUUCCUGGCUUUGAAGAUGAAAAUUUUUUUCAAACACCACAUAUUCGUUUUUGUGCUGUGUCAAGUAUUGAACAUGGUCAUUCAGAACCUAUUACAGAUCUUCAAUGGAUUCCUGAUCAUUAUCAAGUAACAGCACAAGGUUUACCAACAGAAAAUCUUGCUAUGAAUUGUUCUCAAAUAAUGACAUGUGCAUUUGAUAAUCAAGUUCUUUUUUGGGAAACACGAGUACCACGUGCUGGUGUUAAACCAUUAUCAAAAAAAGAACGAGAAAUUAUUAAUCCAAUGGGUGUUCCAUUAACAUUUAAACAUUUAGAUCUUAUUUGGAAACCAUUUCUUCGUGUAACAUUACAAAGUCCUGAAACUGGUACAGUUGAGUUUGCUCCACGAAAAUUUUCAAUACGUGAAACUCAAGGUGAUCGAGAUGUUUUAAAUCAAGAAGACAAAGAAUUAUUUGAAAAGAAAAAAGAUACUAGUCUUGGUCAAUUUGUUAAUCCACUUGAUGAUCCAAAUAAAACUUUAUCACAAGCAAAAGCAAAAGUUCUUCAAAAUGUUGAUACAUUCUUUUAUAUUGGUACUGAGGACGGUCAAUUAGUUUAUCAAGAUUGGAUGCCACAAAAAGAUCAAGAUUCAACGAAAUUUUUUACUCCAAAAGCAGCUUGGUCAACUAUUGUUGUUGAUGGUCCUGUUGUUGCACUUAAACGUUCACCAUUUUUUAAAGAUGUUAUAUUAGUUGCCGGUGGAUGGAUGUUUCAAAUUUGGCGAGAAAAAAUUCAUUCUGGUUCACUUUUACAUGCAGCACCAUUGAAAGAAAAAAUAACUGAUGUUGAAUGGUCUCCAACAAGACCAGGUGUUUUCUAUAUAUCAAAACAAAAUGGUAGUAUUGAUAUUUGGGAUAUAAUUGAUCGAACACAUGAUGCAUCAAUAUCUCAAUCUAUAUCAAGUUCAUCUGUAACUUUUCUUAGUAUAAAAGUUAUAUCAUCUAAACAACAACUUUUAGCAGCUGGAGAUAGUAAUGGUACACUUCAUAUACUUGAAGUACCAUGGGCAUUACGACAACCAGUUAAUCAAGAAUUAAAUUUGGUUACAAAUUAUCUUGAACGUGAAACUGAACGACGUGCUUUUGUUAAACAUCGAUGGGAUUUACGUGAAGAAGAAAAACGUGAAAAAGAACGUUUAGCAACUAUGAAAGCUGGUAUUGCACCAAGUCAUAUUUCAACACAAGAAGAAAUCGAUAUACGAAUGAAGAGUGAAUAUAAUGAAUUUCUUCAAUUUGAAUUUGGUGUUUUACGUGAAAUGGGUUUACGUGAUGAAAAUGAAGCACCUACCGUUACACCAGCCGCAACUUAA